CACGCCUUGUUUAUUCAUUGUCGCAGUUCUCACGACUGUGGCAGCAUUGCCGUUACGACUCACGACAAACUAAAUAGGUUUCGUUUAAUCACACUUUGAACUUUUAAAAUUAAGUGUGUUCGAACCAGUAAGAUGCUGGUCUCGAUAUGGCUGGUUUGCCUCGUAACCGCAGUAUUUCUGUACUUGCGGCAAGUUUAUGGUUUCUUCAAAAAGCAGGGUGUGAAAACACCCACGAUCAUCCCGCCUUUCGGCACCAUGACGAAUGUUCUUCUACAGCGAGAGCAUAUGACUGAAGCUAUUACUAAACCUUAUAAGCAAUUUCACGGUGAAAGGUUCUACGGCAUGUACAAUAUCCUGUCACCAAUUGUGCAUGUGAGAGACAUCGACCUAAUCAAGAAAAUUGCCAUCAAGGAUGUCGAGCACUUUCUCGAUCACAACCGUUUCUUCAAUGAGGAGUUCGACCCGUUCUUUGGGAGGAAUCUUCUAUCUUUAAGAGGUGAGGAAUGGAAAGAUAUGCGAUCUGCACUUAGCCCUGCUUUUACCAGCUCCAAAAUGAAGAUGAUGCUGCCGCUGAUGGUGGAGGUGGGGGAUCAGAUGAUUAUCGCGCUUAGAAAGAAAAUCAAGGAUUCUAAACAGAACUAUUUGGAGAUCGAUGUGAAAGACCUAACGACUAGAUACGGGAAUGACGUAAUCGCAUCUUGUGCCUUUGGCCUAAAGGUGGAUUCUUAUAUGGAUGAGAAUAACCAGUUUUACAAAAUGGGAAAUGAAGCUUCGACUCUGAGUUUCCGUCAGCUACUCGGCUUAUUCUACACUAUUUGUUUCCCGAAGAUAGCUGCACUAUUCAAAUGGACUCGGUUCUCGAAACCGGUGGAGAACUUUUUCAAGACACUAGUGUUGGAAACAAUGCAGAACAGGGAGCUAAAACAGAUUGUUCGACCUGACAUGAUACAUCUGCUAAUGGAAGCUAGGAAAGGAAAACUGUCCCACGACGAGAAAUCAAGCCAAGACGCGAACGCCGGGUUUGCUACCGCCGAAGAAUCUUUCAUUGGGCUGAAGAAAGUCAACAAGGUAUGGUCCGACAAUGAUUUGUGCGCGCAAGCCAUCUUGUUCUUCGUAGCUGGCUUUGAGACCGUAUCCUCUGCCAUAUCGUUCCUACUGUACGAGCUGGCUAUCAACCCUGACGUCCAAGAGAAACUGUACCAGGAAAUCAGAGAGAACGAGGCCAAGACCAACGGAAAAUUUGACUAUAAUUCUAUAAUGAAUAUGGUUUACUUGGACAAGGUAAUAUCAGAAAUAUUGAGAUUAUGGCCGCCCGCCAUUUUACUGGACAGAUACUGUACCAAAGACUACAAUAUGGGUAAACCGAAUGACACAGCUACUGAAGACUUCAUUAUCCGCGAAGGUGUCGCUCUCCAGGUCCCCGUGUGGGCAAUCCACCAUGACCCUGAGUACUACCCAAAUCCGUACAAAUUCGAUCCCGAGCGAUUCUCUGAAGAGAACAAACACAAGAUUCAGCCCUUCACCUACAUGCCGUUUGGACUUGGACCCAGAAAUUGCAUCGGGUCAAGAUUCGCUCUCUGCGAAGUGAAAGUAAUGACUUAUCAGCUCCUAAACGCCUUCGAAGUAUCGCCGUCGAACAAAACCACUAUACCUGCCAAGUUGGACCCUCCCUCGUUUAACAUUCGCAUAAAGGGGGGUAAUUGGGCCCGACUUAAACCUCGGAAGGUGGUUUAAAUGAAACCGUAAAUUUAAAUUCCUCGCGAACGAAGCAACACAGAUGUUUUGCAAAUAUGGCGAUUUUUAUUUAAUUUUUAAAAUAUAAUUUAGUUGUAUACGUAGUGAGUUUCUAUGAAACUGGCUUUUGUUCUAUAUGUAUAAAAAUGCUGAAAAACUU